AUGUGGCUUUAUACGGAGGAUGUGGAGUUCCCUCAGAGUUUGGCCCAACCUAAUACUUUGCACAACUUUUUAUCUACCAUAAGUAGAAUGCUAUCGCAAUCUACGUCUACCGAUAUACUUGAUCAGAUUAUUGCGACUUCUCCGACGACCCCAGAGUUUUAUCGCACUCGUGGUGUUGUAAAGUGUUUCAAAGAAGAAUUCGCGGGAGCCCUCCGUGAUUUUAAAUCGGCACUAGCACAUGCGAAACAUCGAAAACGUGUGAGCAAUGUUUUUUUGGGAAAAAAACCAACCUUACCCCUUCACAAUCACCAUGGUAAUGAAGAUGACGAAUGUACGGGUACCGAAAGUCAAUUAUAUUUUUUACGUGCCGCAUGCUACCUGCAAUAUGCGAUCAGUUUGGUUGACAAGGCGAUUCAGAAAGUUGAUGGCGUAGAGCGUAGAGAUGGUGAAGGUAGUGAAUUAAGAUUAGUUGCAGUUAAAAAAGGUAUCAUCAAUGGAUCUUCUCCAAAAUUCGAAGAGUAUCGUAAAGAACUCUUUCCGAUAAUGUACCAGGUACAGAAUUUGGCAAAACGCUCGGUAAGAGAUUAUACUCAUUUCUUGGGUUUCUACCCUAGCUCUUUACCUACAUUUUCAGCUACAAAUGGUGAGGGCACAUCAAAAGCAAGUACUCCUGUCACUUCUAGAGAUUCUUCUCCUGUCAGAUCAUUUAAAGAUAGAGAUGAUAGUUCAUGUCAGGCUAGUUUAACUGAAUAUCACGGUGACACUGAUCGAAAUUGUAAGAUACCUGAGAAAGUUACAGGAGUUGCAACAGACAUAGGAAAUGUUUAUGCAAAUGGCCCGGCUACCAUGUCUAAAGAUAAUAAUCAUCGCAAUAAUAAUUAUCAUCACCAUUUUCACGGAUAUCAACCUUCUCAUACAUUUGCGACUUAUCACCCACUCCUCAUAGAAGCGUGGUAUGCUAUAGCGCUCAAUUACGUUCUUCUAGGAGAUCUUCACACUGGCGCGUUGUGGCACGCAAGGAUUUCCGAGAUGCAUGAAUUCAUCGAGGGCUACCCAGUAUUUCUUCCUGCACGUUCAAUGGCGCAGGCGGAUUAUAUGGAGGUUUUAGAGCGAAUCAAGAAAUCGAAUAGUCUUUCUCAACACGAGAAACUGAAAGAAUUUGUAGAAGUCGUGAAGCAAAAAGAGAAGGAAAGGGAAGAAAAAGAACGAGAGUGGGUUGAAAAACAUCAUCACAAGAUGCUUUUAACGGCAGCAGAAAAUGAAAGUAAAGAUACGGUCGACCUUAAGAGAAUUGGUGUAAAGAUUGGAAAAAAAUCAAAGAGCGUUACGCAAAGUAAGAAUGGUAACGCAGUUACUCCUGUUAUUGGAAUUGAUGGUCAGAGACAUCAUCCUUGUUGCCCUCUCGCUCCUGGAAAUCAUGUAUCUCCAAAAGAUCGAAAUCAUAACCACAAUCAUUCUCCCUCUUCAGGUUCAUCAGAUGCAUCCUCCAACAGUACCGGUGCAAAUGGUAGUGGAAAUUCGGGAGGACCAAGGCAAUACCCUUUACACACACAAAGGGCUGACUCCGUCAUGAUGUGGUUAAGGGCCGUCAUUCUUAGAACGGAAAAGGAAUCUGACGCAAAGAUAAACGAGGAGACAAAGCCGGUUGACACGAAAGUGGGCAAGAAGAAACCAAAUGAAACAGAGGAAAAUGGUGAAUACAACUCCUCGGAGGCGAAUGCACCGGAAACAAAUGAGUCGAACGAAAUAUAA